CGCCUGAAGUUAUUAAUGGAAAAGGAUAUACUUUUGCAUCAGAUAUUUAUAGUAUCGGUAUGCUUAUGUGGGAGGUUUCAUCUGGACAACAGCCAUUUGCUGACUUUGAACAUAAUUAUGAUCUUGCAAUAAAUCUAAUGAAAGGAAUAAGACCACUAAUCGUACAAGAAACUCCAACAGAAUAUAAAAAUUUAAUGAUUCAGUGUUGGGAUGCUGAUCCAUUGAAGAGACCUGAUGCUGAAACUCUUUUUUACAAAUUUAUAGAAAUUC